AUGACCUGGAUCACACUUCUUCUCACCUUCUUCCUUUACUGCACAGGGUGCCUCUCUCAGCCUGUGCUGACUCAGUCGCCCUCUGUAUCUGCUUCCCUGGGAGCAUCAGCCAAGCUCACCUGCACUCUGAGCAGUGAACACAGCACCUACAGAAUUGAAUGGUAUCAGCAGAAUCCAGGGAAAAGCCCUUGCUUUGUGAUGAGUUUGGGCAGCAGUGGUAUGACAGGAUCCAGAGGAGAUGGGAUCCCUGAUCGCUUCUCAGGCUCCAGCUCUGGUGCAGACCGCUACUUGACUCUGUCCAACAUCCAGACCAAUGAUGAAGCUGACUACAUUUGUGGUGUAUCUCACAGCAAUGGGUAA